CGUUGACAUAUACAAGUUGUGUUCUUAACUCAUAGCCGAGUUAAACAAUCUAACAAAAAAGAAGAAAUUAUAAUGGAUAAUGAAGGAGAUGGUGCUGCCGAAUACUCUGUUGAGCGUAUUGAAGACAAACGUAUAAUGAAUGGGAAGACUGAGUAUUUUUUAAAAUGGAAGGGUUAUCCUCGCAGUGAAAAUACAUGGGAGCCCGUCGAAAAUCUCGAUUGCCCAGAUUUAAUAGCGGCUUUUGAGGAGUCUUUAAAAAGCAAAAAAGAGGCUAAGAAGCGCCCUUCGACGACACCUAGUAAUGAGGCGAAGUCCAAGCGGAAGGCAGGUGAGGACGAAAAGGAUAAUAAAAAGACUAUGGGUUUCGAUCGCGGCUUGGAACCAUCGAAGAUCUUAGGCGCAACUGAUUCCUCGGGUGAAUUGAUGUUCCUUAUGAAAUGGAAAGGCAGUGACGAGGCCGACUUGGUGCCUGCAAAACAAGCCAACAUCAAGUGCCCUCAAGUUGUCAUACAAUUUUAUGAAGAGCGGCUGACCUGGCAUACUCCAGAUGAUGAUAAAAACACUGGUGGAAAAGAAAAUAGUGCUGAUUAAAGAAGAAGAAAUGUAAUUGAAUAAAUUUAGUUAUUUAAGAGUUUUUUUUUUAAGAUUGAAAGCGUUAAAAACGUAAUGUCAUAUAUUCAACUUCAGCAUUGCAUCAAAACUUUUUACAAAGUCCACCCAUCUUCUAAUUUCCAUCUUAUGAACAAUGGAUUUGAAAAAUAUCGAUGCCGUUUUGUUCUCAGUGUACUAAAUACUUUAAAUUUAUUUGUUUUAUUACAGUAUUUCUUUUUUUUUUUUAUUUUACAUAAAAAGAAUCUUGCAAAGUAUAUUCGUAAGACUUGAAGAGAAAAAGGGAAGUUUGUCAAAUAAAAAAGAUAAAAAUUACAGAACUUCAAAAAA